GCCCCACUAACCGCAUGCGGCAGCGCAGCGCAGCGUCUGCUGCGCCUGCGAGCCGCCGUCAUGCACGCUGCUGCACGCCGCUUCGCUCCUCUCUCGCGCCACGAACGAGCUGCGGCACCUCAUCCGUGUAAGCCGCACCCGCACCCGCCCUGCCAAGGGCAAUCUGCCCUGUCAAAGCCGCCGGCGCGCAGCGGCGGGCCAAGCCGCAGCCGAGGCGCGCCGAUGCCAUCGAAGCACCGCCGCCGCGCUUCUGCGGCGGCGGUGGCCGAGCCCCGCCGACGAUGCCCGGCGCAGCAGCAGACGACCUCGCAGCGCAGCGUGCAGCGGCUCGGCUCGCGCUGCCGUCUGCCUCGCCACGGCAGCUGCAGUACCACAGGCCGCGCCUCGACCCGAUCUCCUGCUGCGAGCAGAGCACAGCAAAGCACGAGCGCAGCAGAUUGAACGGGCAGUGCAGGGAAGGAGAUCUGCGCUGCGUGCUGCCCGCUGCCCCUGGCCGCUGGCGCGAUCUCGCGUCUCGCGGCGGUUGCCCCGGCCGCGUCUCAUCCCUGGGCAACUCGCUCGCAACAGGACGCCGCGCUUCGCCCACAGACACGCACCUAAGUCGAGCUCGCAGCCACAAGG